AUGCCUCACCGUCGCCAUGAGCAAGGUGACUCUGGGCGGCCACGGCUGCCAGCCCAGACCACAUCAAACUUGCUGUACAGCAAGGCAAAUACUGACAUGGUCAGCUACGAGGAUCUGCUCAUUGCACAAUAUCUGGAAGAGCUCCGAAAAGCAAAAGGAGAGAUGAAGAAAAGCAGAGAUGUCCCAACGUCACCAUAUGUCCAGAAGUUGCCUCACUCUGACUAUGGAUACAUUACAAAAAGACGUCCAGCCUCUGCAACAUCCAGCAGCAGACCUCCAUCAGGACAUUCUCAUAAACCUAAGAUUGAUGCCAAGUUUAUCGCUGACCCCACCCUAUGGGACCCUGCUACUCCAAGAUCCUCUGUACACAGAAAAGGUCGUCCAGAAAGUGCCCCAGUCAGACAAAGAAGUGGACGAUCUAGACCAUUGUCUGGGACCUCCAGCAUUUCCUGGCUUUACGGUCGCCGUGGUUACUCAGCUAUGAGACCAGUAUCUGCCUUAACUGGACGUCGUAUAAAAUCUCAGUAUAAAAAGCAGCCAACCACCAUCAGAGUCACAGCAUUUAAAAAUGGCAGCCGGGAAAACUUCAUCAGAGUGGCAGCACCUACAGUUAAAAUUUUCUUGGAGAUGUGUACUGACAAGCUGGGACUUCCCUUUGCUGCUCGUCGUAUUUUUUUGGAGGAUGGUGUUGAGGUGACAGAUCCAAGGGAUAUUCCAUUAGAUGGUGAAGUGUUUGUAUCAACUGGUGAAAAUUACAAAGAUCCAUACAAAAAUAUAAAAAGAAACAUGAUAAUUAGUCAAGGAGCCAAAUGGACAUUGUCUGGAGUCCUUAUACCAGAGGAUGGUCAUAUCAGAACCAGGACAUCCAAGAUGUCCAAGCGCAUGAAGGCACUGACAGAGAAGCGACGUAUCAGGAUCAUUGUCUACAGGAAUGGCAUGUCUACAGAACCGGUGGAGGUGGUAGCUGACCUCAACAAACUGGAUGAUUUUCUGGUAUCCUGCACCGGAAAGCUGGACCUGAGAAGUCACGCUAAGGUUGUGUAUGAUUGGGAAGGAAAUGAAAUUACACACCUGACUCAGACUCCAGUCCUUGACGACUGCCUUCAGCCUGGUGGGACAGCCAUAUUGGGUCCUGUCUGGGUCUCUGUUGGAGAGUCCUUCAGUGCCACAGCAACACUUCAUUACAUUCGGAGCAUCAAACAGGUUCUCACAGACCGUCUAAAAGAUGCUGAACGAUACAAAACUGAGAUCAACUACGCGAUGCAGGGACAGAAAGAAACCAUCUCGAUCACUGCUAUCUUAUCUAUGAGUGAGGAAGAACUCUACACCACAUUUGAACUGGCAGAAAAAGAAAUAUCUCAGCUAAAAGUGACCCUGUCCAGUCUCAAGUCCAAAAUAGCAGCCAUUGAGGAAGUCAAGAUCAAAGAGGAGACUGAAGGAGCAAACUACCGUAUGAGUCAUAUCCAGGAAUUUUCAUUUGACCACAAACUAGUGGGCAGGAAGGGACUACGACUAAAGGUCUUCGAAAAUGGAUUCUAUGGGGAAGGACAGCAGUUCUUUUUCAAUAUUGCUGAUGCUUUGAAGGGAACAGGUUCUGACAAGUCAGGACGAAAACGUCAAUUACAACGUCUCCUUGAUGACCUGUCAACCAAUCGUGUCUUCAGUAACCCUGUCAAUCCCAAAUUGACCCCAGUGGCUCGCCGGAUAUUUGAUAAAUAUGGAAAUGAAAUCAAUGAUAUUUUGAAACUUGAAUAUGACCAGGAGAUAUGGGUGUCCUUUGGGGAACCUUUUGUAACUCCGUUCUUAUAUUGCCUUCAAGCCACCUUUGACAGAGCCAAAGGCUAUGACCUGGGAGAUGUGAAUGGAAUUUCUAGAGAAGCAAACCUUGAAUCUCUGGAACACUUUAAAAGCCAUCGUGACUUUGAGGCACAUGCCAGCUAUCCUAGUGAGGCAUAUGAGAAGAUGCGAGAUCCAGUUAUGAUCCAGCAUAUUAAGGAUGACCUUAUACCUACGUCCGAACUGAGUCAGGCCAGUCAUUACAUACAGGCCAAGAAAGACAAGAGUAUUGUUCUGUAUCCAGAAGCUGUCAUCACCCAAAAGGUGAAGAAGGACAAAAGCUUGUGGCCAAUGGAGGCGCAAGUUUGGGUCAUAUCUAAGCGUGGCUACAUCUACAAUAAGGGAAUGCCCAAUCUGUGUCUGGCAGUGUCGGAUACGCGGGUCGAAUUCAACAUCUCCGAGAAGGAAGGAACAUCAUCAGGCUUCGUCAUCAAUAUGCAGAAAGCUACAAGUGGCAACAUCUACCAACAGUGGAAAUUUAAUCCAGAUGCAACCAUUUCCAAUCAGGCUCACCCUGACCUUGUAGUGACCUACACUGGUCACAAAAUGGGAGAUGAGGAAGCAUAUGUACCUAUUGAGGGUGUGUCCUCAGGUGUUCGAGUUUACCUUGUCCUAAUGGACAAACUCACCUCAAAAAAAGAGGCCAGCUUUCAAAGAUUUGCUCUGAAACAAGAACGAUUUGACAACCUGGGCCAGUGGAAGUUCAAUGAAGCAUCAAACCAGGAAUGGAACAAACAAGCUUACUCCUGGCCAGCUCGUGAGGAUGGAUCUCUCAAUGAGGAUUACGAUUGGCCAAUGGAAGGAUACAUCAUACCUAAUGCACCUCCACUUCACAAGAGUUCUGGAAAAAAUAACUUGUCAGGAAUGACCCCUCUACGCCUGAUGUGCCUGAAGAACGGAGAACAAGACCUUCGUAAAGCCAUACCAGUUGUGGGACCAAAUCUCACCAAUUUCCUGGACCACUGUACAAGUCUGCUUGAUAUGCCGUUUGCUGCCCGUCGACUGUUUGACCAGCAUGGCAACGAGCACUUCAGUCUGACCCGUCUGAAGCGAGAUGACAUCGUGUAUGUGUCUUGUGGGGAGGCAUGGUCUGACCCAAAAUUGACCAAAGCGGAGCAACAACGUCGAUUCCUCUUGUCACAGCUGUCCCAAGAUGUAGCCAAGAUCCGUCAGUACUGUGCUCUCCGCAACCCAGAAAAUUAUGUUUUGGAGGUUGAGGGUAACCUUGUGUCCGGUAACCCUAUCAUUGUCAAUCAACAAUGGCGAUCAGGAAUGGAUGACCAAGAUGAUGAUGAUAAAUUUGAUACCAAAAGUCGGUCAUCCAAGGCAUCCAAAGCACACAGUAAAGCUUCCAAUGCUCGUUCAUCCAAGGCAGGAUCAGAUGCCGCUAGUAAUGUAACGGACAAUGAGCUCCGUACAUCUCUAGACUUUGGUGCACAGAGUGCCCAUGAGAUAGCUCAUGAGAGAUCAGAACAACGCCUAAACCAGCUCAAGUGGCCCUGGGAACGACUUGUCAAUGUUGAUAACGGUAACCUUGACGAUGAUCCUGAAGCAAAUAAGUACACAGACCGUGAGAUGUAUGAGCGUUACAAGCCAGCUCCAACCCCAAAAGUCUCGAGGGAUACACUCCAGCGAUUUGUGUUUGAGGAUGGUUACAUUGCCUGCCAGUCAAAUCGUAACCUUGUCUUAGGUGUCCAGGAGCAAGAAGGACGCAUCAGUCAGGUGACACUUGUUAAACGUCGCCCUGAUGACAUCCAUCAACGUUUCAUCAUGAGAGAAAAUGGAGAAAUACGAUCAAAACAUGGACAGAGGACAGUGCUGACUGUUUCACUACCGGCCAAUGAACCGUUCUCAGAGGAUGAGGAAGGACGAACGCUGACCUACUCAGGAUGUGCAGUGACCAUUCAGCAACGUAAAACCAACAUGUAUGGAAAGUCUCACCAGCGAUGGCACUAUGAUGCUGAAACAGGGCACAUCCAUGCCUUCAAAACCAAUCGCUAUGACAAAGAAAUAACUGCUGCAAACAAAGCUGAUGUUUGUACCUACUCCAUUGCGCAGGAGACCGAGAUUGACCAGCCUGGGUACGUUGCAGAGGUUCCCAUGGCAACCCCUACAGAUCGUCAACACAUUAAAGAAAUCCGAGUGUGUACUUCAUGUGCUCGUGCCAUGAGAGGGCGCUACAAACUGCAGAAGAUCCGUGAAAACACUGAAUUUUCAUGUGCUAUGGGAGAAGCUAAGAAACUAAAACUACAGCAAAUUGGAAGUUUCCGUGUGUUGAACGGAAAAGUAGAUCUGUCAGAACAUGAGGCAGAACUAACAUUAGAAAACUGGGAGGACACACUAACGAAGCUCCGUGAGGAGACAAGUGUCCGUACCAUUGCUAAGGAGAUCUCAGUCGCCAAGACACCUAUAACAAUGAAAAUAAUGGCGUACAAAAAUGGAGAAGGUCGCCUGCAUCAGGGCAAACUUAUCUGUGGCUCCAGUAUAGAGGGGAUCCUGGGACAAUGUACAUAUAAACUUGGUAUGGCCAAUGCUGCACAGAAGAUUUUCACUGAGGAUGGUACAAUGGUGCUAGAAAUUGAUGACCUAAAGGACUGGGCCAUCAAUAACUACACAUCACUAAUGGCUGACCAGCUGCAGAAGAUCAUGGCAGGCUCUGACGGACAGGAAAGGAAAAUGGAAGAAGAAAAUGAGGACGAAACACAACAACCUCCACAAAGAACAAUUGAAAAUAAACAACCAGAGCCCAUUCAAGAGGAGGAGGAAGAAGAUGAAAUUAAAACGAUCACUCUCCGCACCAAGAUACAGAGUGGUAUCAACUACACCUACACCAAACUCAGCGACCACAACUACGAACUGGGGCAAGAUAAGCAUUUCAUGUUUGAAGUACGCGCCUGUAAUGAUGCCCACAUUGCAUUAAUGGAAGAAGAUUCGGAUGAAAAGGACAAAAAAAUGUAUGAAGUUGUCAUCGGAACAAACAACAAUGCUAAGUCUGCUAUCCGUAACAAAAAAGAAGGUGUGAAUAGAGUAGAAUAUGAUGGAAGAAUACUGGAUGGCGGAUCGUUUAAAAAGUUUCUCAUUACCUGGGAAGAGGGAGAGAUAAGUUUGUAUAAGGAAUUGAACGAGGAAUGGCAGACGGUCAUGUCCUGGAAAGAUCCAUCACCAUUUAACAUUAAUUAUAUUGGUGUUUCAACCUCCAUCUUAGCAUCUGGCGUCUGGAGAGUUGAGUAUUCUGAAAACAAAACUAGACAGCAGGAGAGAGGAGAAGGUGAAGGCCAAGAUAGUCCAAGUGGUGGCGCCCUCUACACGGAAACCGCAGAAGGCGAUCAACAGGAAUCAGACAAAGUGAACCGUGAACGACAAAAACUGCUCAACCAAGUCACCGUUCCUUCAGAGGAUGUCAUUCUGCGCUACCCAAUCGAAGUCUGGGUGUCAAGCGGCAAGGAGUUCAUCCCGCCAGAGAAAGUUGAGUCUAAGAUGGAGAGCCAGGUGAAGAAGAGGGCAUUCAGGUCCACUGUAUCUUUAGAGCUGGACAUCGAAAAACACAUUUUACGAAAUAUGCGAGCGAGGCGAAUGGAAGACAGGAGUCCAGGAAAGUAUCGGUCCACUCGUAGUAGUCAACAACCAGUUGUGAUUGAAGGUCACUGGCAGGACGUCACUGUGGAAGAACAGAUGAAGCAUGACACAGUCCAUAAACUGGAGACACAUUUGGCUGAAGUGAAAAACAACCAAAAAGAAAAGAAGAAGCCAUUGGUGAACAUCAGUGGUCGCCUGUACAGACAACCUAACACGAAACGAGUGUUGGUGUACCCUAAUGGCGAGAGUGUAGAACGGGCAACAUAUGUCUGGGGUGACACCAUUGAACAAGUAUUGGACAGUGCCAAACUGAGGCUCGGAAUGUGGCAGCCUGCCAAGUACCUUUACAACAUGGAAGGCAGACUUAUAGUAGAUUUUGAUGAAAUAAAUCGUGAUGAACUAUUAUGUGUGUCUGGAGGAAAACCAUUUGUCCGUCCACUUUCCUCCUUGGAUGGAGUUGAAAUUAAGGCCAACUGGGCACGUGCACGUAAGGAGUAUGGUCCUCAGGGAACAGAUUUUGUGGUUGAGGCACAGCCCAACCCCAAGGUUUAUGUUGAUCCUUAUGGUCCACCAGAGUUGGCCAUGCCUCUGGAGGGAGACAAUAAAAAUUCAGCACCUGUCCAAUCCAAGUAG